GCCGUAGGGAAAAUUUUCUCUCAGUUUCAUCAUAGCACUCGAACUGAACUGAACGACGACCAUUUCAGUGGAUGCAAUAUUUUUAGUGGUAAUCACUUCACAUCCGAUCCGGUGACAGUUUUAUUUCGCGGUGUUAUUAAUUCGCAAGACUAUUUGAUUAUCUGGUACAUUUUCUACGUAUUGCCGCUGCUGCUUUUCUAUAAACAAUUUAAUCUAGAAGUGCGUUGUAGAUAGUCCAUAUGCUACUGUCAAAAAGUGCCAAAUCGGUGUAGUUCGGGAAAUCAGUGCAUCGUUUUGUAACAAGUGGAUUAUGUAAUUUAGUGCAAAGUACAUUUCGAUCAUCCUAUAACACAGAAAGUAUAAAGUUUCCCUGACAACUUAACCGGCCGCGAUGGGCAGCCCAAGAAAAGAUGUCAACGUUGACAUGCAGCUGCUUAGCAAACAGCCGUCUCCGACGAGAAACGGUGAAAUGAUAGUGGACGAAAACUAUGACCCACAUCUUCAUCGGAAUCGACCACACCCAACGACUAACUCUGAAACGUUGGUACAUCUGCUGAAAGGAUCCCUGGGUACGGGUAUCUUGGCGAUGCCUCAGGCCUUCUGCAAUUCCGGUUAUCUUUCCGGUUUGAUAAAUACCGUACUGAUAGGGGUACUGUGUACGUACUGUUUGCACGUUCUCGUCCAAGCUCAGUACGUCCUGUGUAAAAGGCAUCGGGUUCCUAUCCUCACCUAUCCUAUAUCGAUGAAGAUGGCUCUGGAAGAAGGACCCCAGUGUCUGAGGCCAUAUUCCCGGUUUGCAGUCGUAAUCGUGGACGGAUUCAUGAUCGUGUACCAACUGGGGAUAUGCUGCGUAUACAUAGUCUUCGUGGCGACCAAUAUUAAGCAGCUCGUCGAUGUCUGGUACCCGCUGGAUGUAAAAAUACAUUGCCUCAUUCUGCUUGUUCCGCUAAUAGGUAUCAACAUGAUCCGAAACCUGAAGAUUCUUGCUCCUUUCUCUACGUUGGCGAAUCUGAUCACGUUUGUCGGAAUCGGUAUGAUUUUGUACUACAUCUUGGACGACUUACCACCUAUUUCGGAGCGGGAAAUGAUGGCUGAUAUUGGAAAAUUCCCGCUAUUCUUUGGAACAACACUAUUCGCACUGGAAGCGGUGGGAGUGGUUAUAGCCCUGGAGAACAACAUGAAAACGCCGAAAUCUUUUGGCGGAGCAUUCGGUGUACUAAACGUAGGCAUGUUCGUUAUUGUGUUUCUCUACGCAGGAAUGGGUUUCCUCGGUUAUCUGAAGUAUGGCGAAACAGCACUCGGCAGCGUGACUUUGAAUCUCCCGGAGAGUGAAUGGUUAUCACAGAGCAUCCGAGUCCUUUUUGCGAUUGCCAUUUUUAUAUCCUAUGCCCUCCAGUGCUACGUUCCUGUGGACAUAAUUUGGAACGUAUAUCUCAUCGAUCGGUACAAGGAUUCGAACAAAAAGUUCAUCUACGAAAUGUUAGUUCGUAUCGUGCUUGUUAUUAUCACUUUUCUACUGGCGGUGGCGAUUCCUCGGCUUGGCUUGUUCAUCUCCCUCUUCGGGGCGCUCUGUCUAUCGGCACUUGGAAUUGCUUUCCCAGCCAUCAUGGAAAUCUGCGUGCGAUGGCCUGAUAAAUUGGGACCGGGAAAAAUAACGCUUUGGAAGGAUAUUAUACUAAUCAUAUUCGGUAUUAUUGGUCUCGUUGCCGGAACGUAUACCAGUCUUCGUGAUAUUGUCUACAGUUUUCAGUAAACGAUUUUUUUAACCAACCAAAGCAAUUUUUAUCCAGUACAGAAACAGUAGAGCGUAAAUUUAAUAUGCCUGUUUCAGGUAUUAGAGUGAACUAAUACUCAACGCAUAAGAUGCAAAUAUUAUAGACUGUAGGGGAGAGGAAUGCAGGUUACCACCGAAUAGAUUUUUCGCCAUAUAUCUUUAUAAUAUCAAAGUAUUUCUGAUAUCUAACAUAUGUUGGAAAGAGGAAGUAAAACCUAUGAUCCUUAACAAUCACUUGUAUUCAUAACACACAAAAUAUACAUACAGCAAAUAGGGCCUAAAUGGUUAAAGCCCCAUUAAACAAAACAAAUAAUAAACAUCAUUCAUUGGAAUAUAUUUUUUAAUCAAAUUAAUUCAUAAUGUUUGGUUUACUGUAUUGACUACAUCAAAAAAAAUUCCUUUAUUUGUUGAUUUUUGUUAAUUUCACACAUUUUCCGGUAAGCGACGUGUUAUUGCCCUUGUCCGCAGCAGAACUAAAUUAAAAGUGAUAACGUUGACGUUUGUCGAGUUUUAAGUUAUGAAUCGGCUACGAUGUCAAAACAGUGGUGGUAAUCUAUCAAUCUUUCCCCUAGCUGUUGUGCUACUACUAGAUGAUGCGCAAUUUGUAUCGGAAAAUACAAACAAAAACUGCUACUCGCACAAUGAAAGGAUUUGUGAAAUCCUUUCUCAAAGGGCUCAAGUUGAUAGUUGAAAAUAACACUAAACCAUUGCUGGAAUGUAUACAACGUGCAAAGGAUCAAUUACGAAAAUUGUAAUCUCCAGCUAACAUAUCAUUUUAAAAGAUCGGGACAAGCUUGUGCCUAAUUCAAAAUUAUGAACUAUUCACCAAUGGCAACGAAUUUUAUUAGUGAAACUAUGUUCCUUUCUUAUGUUCUGCUACAUAAAUUUGAGCCAUGAACUGUAGAUUAUGAUAUCGGGAUGCUUCAAGCUUGAGUUUCCCAGGGCUGUCUACAAAGGUAAACUAAUUUGUCAGAGAAUCAUUUGCUAUUCUGCCAUUAUGCGCAUAAUUGUCUCACGUGUGUAGGGAUUCUCAUGGAGCAUAGCACAAUUGUGCGUAUAACGGUAGUAAUACUAUAAAUUUGUUUUCAUGAAUUAUAAAUAUUUGAAAUGUAUAAUGCCAAGUUUUCUGCUCAAUGCUCAUUUUUGGAAAAUAAAAAUAAACGGAACCAAUUAGCUCUCUAA